AUGGCUCCCCGCGCGGAAUUCAGCACCGAGCAGAUCCGGGGCAAAGCUCGAAAGGACCUGCUCUACCUGCUCGAGGGUGUCCGCGGCAAGAAGAACCUCGUGUUUGAUCGCAGCCUUGUCGGUCCUAUCGGCACAAUCGUCAAGGUUGCCACGCUCCAAGAGUACGGAGUCGACAAAUUCUUCAUCUUAGAGAACAAUAAUGUGGAUGCGAGCCAGCGCAACGUCGUCUUUGUGGCCAGAGGCGAGUGCGGUCGGCAUGCCGAAGCCAUAGCAGCGCAGAUUAAGCGAAUUCAGCGUGAGAGCCAGACGACUCAUGACUUCCACAUAUUUUGGGUGCCACGUCGCACUCUUGUGUCCGAUCAACUGCUCGAAGAAGCCGGCGUCCUAGGCGAUGUCAACAUAUCUGAACUGCCGCUGCUCUUCUUCCCGCUCGAAGAUGACGUCCUAUCGCUUGAGCUGGAGGAUUCCUUCAAGGACCUCUACCUGUCCAAAGAUAUCACACCAAACUUUCUCAUGGCCAAAGCGCUCAUGGAAGUGCAGCAGAACCACGGGCUAUUUCCGAGAAUCAUUGGCAAAGGUGACAAUGCGAAGCGGGUAGCAGAUCUCCUCGUCCGCAUGCGUCAAGAACGACUGGCGGGCGAAGAUGGAAGCGAUGUCAAAACAGCGCUGACGCCCAGCACCACGAACGAGAGUGUCAUCAUUAUCGAUCGCGAAGUCGAUUUUGUUACCCCACUGCUCACACAGUUGACAUACGAGGGACUCAUCGAUGAGAUUUUUGAAAUUCAGAAUAACCAGGCCAAGGUAGACACAACCAUUGUCGGAGCACCGGCGCAAUCUUCAGCGGCCACCUCACAGAGCAGGAAGCGGACGGUACAGCUCGAUUCCAGCGACAAGCUAUAUGAGCAAUUACGAAAUGCCAAUUUCGCCAUCGUGGGCGGACUGCUUAACAAGGUCGCCCGGCGUCUUCAAAAGGUACAAUCAGAUUACGAGACCAAGCACAAGACCAAGACAAUUGCCGAGCUGAAAGAAUUCGUGAGCCAACUGCCAGGCUACCAACAAGAGCACCAAAGCGCGAGGAUACAUACCGGCCUUGCUGAGGAAAUCAUCAAGCACACGCGAACUGAUUUGUUCAAGGGCCUCCUUGAAGUCCAGCAGAAUCUCGCUGCUGGUGCCGAUCCGUCGUCCCAGUUCGAUGGCAUCGAAGAGCUCAUUGCUAGAGAUGCUCCCUUGCGGGAGACGCUUCGAUUGCUCUGCAUCUACUCGUGCAUAUCUGGGGGAAUAAAACCCAAGGAUUUCGAGCAGUUCAAGCGUCUGAUACUUCAAGGAUAUGGCUACCAACAUCUGCUCACUCUCAACAACCUCGAGAAGCUGCAGCUAUUCCUGUCGCGCUCAUCUCCGCUUGCGGGGAUGAUCCCGAUGACGGGCAAUGCUGGUGCCGACGGCAACAAAACCAACUACACAUACCUACGGAAGCAGCUGCGUCUGAUUGUCGACGAGGUGCAGGAGGACGACCCCAACGACGUUGCAUACGUUUACAGUGGCUAUGCCCCUCUUUCCAUCCGGCUUGUACAGUGCAUUCUUCAGAAGCAAUACCUAUUAUCCAUUACGAAAGGAAAUGGUGCAGCGAAUGCCAGCGGUAUUGCGCCUGGUGCGGGAGCCCAAGGAUGGCACGGAUUUGAUGAAGCCGUCAAGCACGUUAGAGGCCAGACGUUUUAUGAGCUCCAGAAGGGCGAGGACAAGGCCGUCAAGGCAAGAUCCCUGUUAUCCGGCAGUGGGCACAAGCAGACGGUCUUUGUUGUCUUUAUCGGAGGAGUUACAUUCACAGAGAUCGCCGCGUUGAGAUUCAUCGCGAAGCAGGAAGAGGAUCGGAGAAAUAUAGUAAUCUGUGCGACUUCUAUAAUCAGCGGGAACAGGAUGAUGGAUGCGGCAAUCGAGAAAGAAGCGUUCGCUCGCAAAGAGACGGCGCUGCCCAACAGCCCUCGUGACACGAUAUUUGGAGUUUGGUGGCGUACUGGUCGGUGGGAGAUAAAUUCUACAGAGGCUCUUCAUGGCAGACACUCUCAUGAUAUGAUGCAUUUGCCCAGCGUCAUGCUUCUAGAAAAGGAAGUACCGGCUGGGCAGAUUUUUUCGCGCGCGCAAGACAUCGACUCUUCGUCGAUAUCAAGCUUAGCGCCCGAGUCCGUCACCAACAAUCAGGGCCAUAUAGCGGUGUCACCCAGCAGCAGUCUAAGCACUCCCCAGGCAUCGAGGCAAGGAUCAUCGGAUGGGUCUUCAGAGGUAGCGCCUGAGAUUGUCGUGUGGACAGAAGAGAUGGAUUUGAGCAGCAGCUUAUCAUCCCAAGACCCGGAAGAGUCUUCUAGCAUGCAUCUCGGCACGGAUGACGAAAGGCCUCAAUACAGCGAUAAUGCCCCACGACAAGCCGAACCUAAGGCGGAUGCUUUUUCAGAGUCAUUCUCCUCCUCACACUCUGCCUUGACAGAGCUUUCAGAGCCUUCAUCUACCCCUUCCAUCGUCUCUAGUAAAGCCACGACGCCUAUCGAGACCGAAUUGCCCAGCCAUCCGCAAUUUAUUGAGGCUACGUCAAGUUUUUCGGCCUCAUCACAUCGCCAUGACAUCGAAAGUUUAACUUUCAAUAUUCGGCCAAAAUCAUCUAUUCCAACAGAUAUCCCAUCGUAUCAAUAUGCUAGCGAGUGCAUCUCCGCGGCCGAAUCGUCGCGGCUUAAUCCAUACGCGCUGCAUCCUGGGGAAUAUCAUUUCCUACGACACCACAUAUCUCAUACUCAGGUUACGACUUAUCUCAAUAUCAGAAACGGUAUACUACGUAUAUGGAUGAAGCAGCCGUCAGUUGGUGUAACGCGGCAAGAUGCAGUCGGAUGUGCAAAUGCACGCUGGUUUGAUGCUGCAAACGUGUGCUACGACUGGCUAGUUCGCCACGGGUACAUCAAUUAUGGCUGCGUACAGCUUCCCAAACCCCAAUUCGAGUCCAGGAACGGGUCGCCUGCAAGAAAGCGAAAGACCAUCGCUGUUAUCGGAGCAGGGAUAUCAGGCUUAUCCUGUGCCAGACAGCUAGAGGGCUUGUUUACACAAUAUGCAGGCCGAUUCUAUGCAAGGGGAGAGGAGAUACCAAAAGUGAUUGUUCUCGAAGGUAGAAGUCGCGUUGGCGGAAGAGUGUAUUCUCGCGAAUUCAAAACAAAAUCGGCUGGGAUUGAGCCUGAGUUCAAGGGGAAGCGGCAUACUGCCGAGAUGGGCGGUAUGAUUAUCACAGGAUUUGAUCGUGGCAACCCCAUGAAUGUUAUUGUCCGUGGGCAGCUGGGGAUACCAUACCACGCGCUUACUGCUGAGACUACAAUUUACGACAGCAAUGGCAAGCCCGUAGAUCCAGUCAGGGAUCUUCUGGUUGAGAAGCUCUACAAUGACUGUUUAGAUCGUGUCAGCGAAUUCAAGUAUAAGUUUCAGCCAUCUAAGCUGAUCGAGGGCAAUCGUGAUCUUCUCGACGAAGGUCGGGAUAGUCUCGGAGAUGGCUCCAAGUCGAUCAUCCAGGCCGAGGAAGCGACCGCUGCGCUUCCUGAUGCCCCUUCAGUAUCACAACAAAACGUACCGGAAACCGUAAAUAUGAUUCCAGUGUCAGCAGACAAACUGACAGGACGAGUACAUACCGAACCCGGAGUUCCCGCAACUCUUAAAGCGUCAGAAAAGGCAAAACUUAUGGGAUGGAGCAUUAAACCAGGGGCGGCAGAGAAGGGCAAUCUCGAUUUAACCCAAGCCAGCUCCUUGGCAGAAGCAACGCUGGGAUCAGUUUUGGAUCAUGCCAUCACCCAGUACAAGAAUAUUGUUGAUUUAAACGCACAAGAUUACCGAUUGCUAAAUUGGCACAUUGCCAAUUUAGAAUACAGCAAUGCUACGAACCUGCAUAAACUAAGUCUCGGCCUCUGGGACAUUGAUGCAGGCAACGAAUGGGAAGGCCAUCACACAAUGGUUGUUGGCGGGUAUCAAAGCGUCGCCCGCGGCCUGCUCCAAUGCCCAUCUCCGCUCAACAUAACAACCAAAUUCCCUGUCCAAAAAAUCACGUAUCAUGGGGAGAGCUUUGAUGGCCCCGCUACCAUCGAAAGCGAAGAUGGUACAAAAGUGGAAGCAGACGCUAUCGUCUGCACAAUACCACUGGGCGUCUUAAAACAAGGAAAUGUGACUUUCGAGCCUCCCAUGCCUUCCGAGAAGGCGGAUGUGGUUGGCCGACUAGGCUUUGGCAUCCUCAAUAAGGUCGUCUUGCUUUACGACAGGGUGUUUUGGAAUUCGAAUAGACAUAUAUUCGGCGUGCUCAGAGAUGCUCCUAACCGGCAUAGCACCUCUCAGCAAGAUUACAGUAUGAACCGUGGACGCUUCUUCCAGUGGUUCAACGUUUCCAAUACAACUGGCCUGCCCUGCUUGAUCGCGCUUAUGGCCGGCGAUGCUGGCUUUGACACAGAGCAUACGAGCAAUGACAGCCUGGUCGCCGAAGCCACAGAGAUUUUGAGGAGCGUAUUCGGUAAAGAUGUCCCAUAUCCCGUAGAGACAGUAGUGACAAGAUGGGGUUCGGAUCGGUUUGCCCGUGGAAGCUACUCUUCUGCCGCACCCGACAUGCAGCCAGAUGAUUAUAACAUCAUGGCCCAGCCUACAGGCAACCUAUUCUUCGCCGGAGAGCACACCAUUGGUACACACCCUGCAACUGUGCACGGGGCAUAUUUGUCAGGACUGCGUGCUGCCUCUGAAAUACUAGAAGCAAUGAUCGGCCCCAUUGAAGUUCCGACUCCUCUUGUCCUCCCAAGGGACUCACUUCUGCUGCAUAAACGUAAGGAGGCAGCCAAGGAUCCCCGGCAGGCGCGCUUAGAAGCAUACGAGGUAGAAGUAUGGGAACAUGUCCUUUCAAAGAUUGGCGAACGGCCGCUCCGCCCAAACAAGGUGUCCGGCAGCGCCUAUAUAAUAUUUAGCAAAACACACUUCGACGCCGCAAAAAAGAGGUGCGAAGCAAGCCGUAAACCUGGCAGAAGCCGGUCGGUGCCCAAUGAAGUCCGCAUCAUGAUGUCCCGCAUGUGGAAAGAGACUCCUCCAGACGAGCGAAAGCCGUAUGAGGAGCAGGCCGCUGAGCAAAAGAGGCUCUACUUACAAGCUAUGCAAGAGUAUAACGAGCUAGCUGAGAAGUGGGAUCGCGAAGCUAUCGCUAUCCGAGCUGCCUACGAAAAAGACCACCCUAGCCUGCCGGGCCCAGAGGAGGGGCCGGAAGAUCUCUCGAUGACGCCGAAGCAUCGUCGAGCAAGGAAUGUGAGCUACACGGAGGUCAGAGAUGGCGAGUUGGCAUUGUAAAAUGACGAGAGA